GAUUAAGCUUUGAUUCUUUUUUGCAAGAAUAGUUGAAGGUCUCCGUAGUCCGUCAUCCCUAUUUCGUUCUCUAUUCGACUUGUUUAUCUUCUUCUCAUUGUCUAAAACUUUCGCCUAACAAUCACUAAUCCAAAAACACCCGAUUCUUUUCCGGGCUUUCCUCUUUCACUGAAGACUUAUUCUUUCUUUCUGAUAAAACCCUAACUUUUCUCUCUCUCGCCGCUCCUGUUGGUUCCUCGGGCACGGCAAACCCACUUCGCCGCUUCCCUACUCUUCAUCGCUAUCAGGUUGUUGAUACCAUGGAUGCAAACUUACAGUCUUCGUCCCCAGACAAUUCCGAUAUUAAAACAGCUUUUCGCAAGCCUACUACGGAUGCUGCCAACAGAAAGUAUAGGCGUCAUUCUCCAGUUAGCAGAUCUUCAUCUGAUGGGAGUCCUGAACAUGACUAUGGCACUAGUCCAAAAUAUUCAGGGGAAGAUCCUGGAAGAGUUCAUGAAAUUCGAUCAAGAAGGAAGGAUGAUGGGAGGGAAGUAGGCAGAGAUUCAGAGAGGAGUAACUAUGGUAGGGGUAGUGAUACCGAUAGACAUUCUGAUAGACAGUUCUCCAGGGGUUCUCGUGGAUAUUCUAGGCAUGAUGAUUACAGCAGACAUGACAAACAUGCGGAUGAGGAAGAAAGAAAGCAUCAUAGGCAAUCUUCUCGUUCUGGUCGGGAAUCAAGAGGUUCUACUCAUUUUGACAAUUAUAGAUCUAAAGAUAAUUUUCGAAAUAGUGAGAAAAGUUUCCGAGAUAAAUAUGAUUCUUCUUAUAAGAGCAUGGAUAAGGCAGAAUCUGGCAGAAGGCAAGCAUAUCCUGAAGAUACUAGAAGGGAGAAACGUAAAAUGGAAAAGGAUGGUCAAGAUGAUAAAAAAGAUUUUGUUAGGAGUUCUGGAGAUUACAGAGGUGAUCGGAUGCAAACAAAUGAAGAGUUUAAGGGGCAUCGAAGUGAUUCAUCUUUCAGAAGAGAUGAUGGUAAACAUCACAGUAAAGAAAGUUACAAGAGUGAGCUGAAAGAGAGUGAUGGUGGGAUACUCACCAAAGAAGGAAGAAGAAGUGAUGAUGUGGAAGCUAAAAGGAGCAAGGAUAGGUGUAUUGGAGAAUCUGCAGAACAGUUUGUAGAAAAAUCUGUUAUCAAUAGUGAAAAUCAAGAAUCUUUUUCAAAAAGACACAAGUUUAGCUUGAAGGAGGACAAUGCUAGUGUGAAAAAUGUUUCAAAGUCCACAACUAUACCCGAUGUAAAGGAGUCUAGUUCAAAGCAACCUGAGAAUGCCAAAUUGACUGCACAGGCUAAUUCCGACAUAACUAGUGAUAUAAAUGCUGCUAAAGUAGCUGCCAUGAAAGCUGCUGAAUUGGUGAAUAAGAACCUUGUUGGAGGGGUAGGAACGGGAUUCAUGACUACUGACCAAAAGAAAAAGCUGCUCUGGGGAAACAAGAAGGCCACAAAGGCAGAAGAAGUAUGUUCUGGUCACCGCUGGGAUACUGCUCUUUUUACUGACAGAGAACGGCAAGAGAAAUUUAAUAAACUCAUGAGUCUGAGUUUGCCUUGGUGCCUAUGGCCAAUUGUAGGGUGUGAAGGGCGAACCGAAAGUGGAUCACAAACCAGAAAACCAAGAAGGUGGCGACCUUCAAUCCGAGAAGCAAAAGGAACUGCAGAUGGAUUUAGAGAGGCAAUACACUGCUGGGCUGCGCAGGAGAGAUGGGCGUACUGUUGGACUAGGCCUUUAAGCAUUAAUCACGGAGCGCUUAGGUAUCCAGACCUAAAUUUUCCAAUUUGGUCUGCUGUUGUCUUAUUCUCUUGUGCAAGAUUGAUGUUUCUUUUGACUGCAUACUUGUUUCUUGAAAAACAUAAUGUAUUUACUUCCAGCUUUGCUUUGCUCAUACUUGGAUCUGAAUGUUUAACUUGUAUAAAAGAGUUAGCCUCUUUAGCUGCCCAAUUGACUUAUAUUAUUUAUUUAUUUUUUUUUGUGUUUUCUCUAAACUAAA